CUUUUAUUUACUAUUCUUUUUGCUCGCUCCAAAACCAAAACCCUAAACCCUCUGAGAGCUCGAGCUCAAAGACUACAGACUCCCAUGGCUGAAACCACAGAAAAGCCGCCCAAGGAAAUUGAAAGCGAAGAAGAAGAGGACCAGACCUUCGAAACCCUCGGGCUCGAUGGUCGCCUUAUCCGUGCCCUAAACAAGAAGAAAAUUCACAAGCCCACGCCCAUUCAGCAAGUCGCUAUCCCUCUCAUCCUUCAAGGUAAGGAUGUGGUUGCUAGGGCAAAGACUGGUUCUGGGAAAACAUUUGCGUAUCUGCUUCCGUUGCUUCAGAAGCUGUUUGCUUCUGAAUCAAAGAAGAAACUUGCUCCGAGUGCAAUCGUUCUCGUGCCUACUCGGGAACUCUCUCAGCAGGUUUAUACAGAGGUUUCAUCAUUGAUUGAAUUCUGUCGAGUUCCAUUGAAAGUUGUACAGUUGACAAGCAGCAUGCCUGCUCCUGAUUGGAAGACGGCUUUAGCGGCACUACCUGAGAUUCUGGUUACUACACCAGCUUGCAUAAAGAAAUGCUUGUCAGAUGGUGUUCUUCAACCAGCUUCCAUUGAUGAUUCACUAGAAAUUCUCGUUCUUGAUGAGGCAGAUCUUCUGUUGUCAUAUGGUUAUGAGGCAGAUAUAAAAGCAUUUACACCUCACAUCCCUAAGCGAUGUCAAUGUCUUCUUAUGUCUGCCACCGCAAGUGAUGAUGUUGAAAAACUGAAGAAGCUGAUUCUGCAUAACUCUUACAUUUUGACUUUACCUGAAGUUGGAGAUAUCAAGGAUGAUGUCAUCCCGAAAAAUGUUCAGCAGUUCUGGAUAUCAUGCAGUUUUCGUGACAAGUUACUGUACAUACUGUCCCUCUUGAAGUUGGAGCUGGUUCAGAAAAAGGUUCUGAUAUUCACUAAUACAAUUGACAUGGGGUUCAGAUUAAAAUUAUUUCUGGAAAAGUUUGGAAUCAGAUCAGCUGUUUUAAACUCAGAGUUGCCACAAAAUUCUCGUCUGCACAUUCUUGAGGAAUUCAAUGCUGUUUUUGAUUAUUUGAUUGCGACUGAUAACAGCAAAUCAAAAGAGAGUGAAGACAAGGCGGAGAGUAGUAUUGAACUAAAAAAAUCUAGAAAGCAUGCUAAACAUAAAGCUGACUCUGAGUUUGGAGUGGUGCGGGGAAUUGACUUCAAAAAUGUACACACGGUUGUAAAUUUGGAUAUGCCUCUAAGUGCUGAAGGAUAUGUUCAUCGAAUUGGACGUACAGGAAGGGCAUAUAGUACUGGUGCUUCUAUCUCCCUUGUGUCUCCAGAUGAGAUAACAAUCUUUGAAAAAAUAAAAUCCUUUUUGGGGGAUGAUGAGAAAGAUGAUUCAAACUUAAUUGCUCCAUUUCCUUUACUGACCAAGAACGCAGUGGAGUCUUUAAGAUAUAGAUCUGAGGAUGUUGCAAAGAGUGUGACAAAGAUUGCUGUCAGAGAAUCGCGAGCUCAAGAUUUGAGAAAUGAAAUUCUCAAUUCUGAAAAGUUGAAAUCGCAUUUUGAAGUUAAUCCAAGAGACCUAGAUCUGUUGAAACAUGACAAGGUUCUCAGCAAGAAGCCCCCCGCUCCUCACCUACGUGAUGUUCCUGAUUAUCUGUUGGACGCAACUACUAAAGAAGCCAGCAAGACCGUUAAGCUUGCUAGAGCUGCAAUGGGAAAUCCCAACCCCGCUCGCCGCAAUGGAUAUAAGAAAAACACCAAAAAGAACAAGGACCCCCUCAAGGCUUUCACCACUGAGGGACAAAAGAGAGCUCGUAGGGACGGGUCGAAGGCAGAAGGUAAAGACGGCAAUGACUACCGUAGACAAAAGAAGAGAAAGGCGUAAGUUAUCUUUUGAUUUCAUGCAUAUGUACUUGUCUAAACAGAGAAGCAAGCAACCAACUCCCUCAAUUUUGUAUCAAGAUAUAUUGAUAAAAGCAAGCAACCAACUCCCUCAAUUAUGUAUCAAGAUAUAUUGAUAAUUUAUGGUUCUUUAAACACUUCCUUUAUUCAA